AUGGCUCGCUUGAAACAGCUUGGAUUCCUUCUGGCAGUCUCUCUCCAGUCCUGCUUACAGCCCACUUUGUGUCAAGGUGAGUGCUCCCUUCGCUGUUGCAAACAGAGGAAAAGUGAUCAGUAUGGUGUGUCUGUGUGCGCACUGGCCUAUAUCUCUGGCCCUUAGAACUCUCCCAGGACCAUGUUCCCUCCACAACCACAACUUCUUCCCCAAGCCUCAUUUAGGUAAAGGGACCCCUGACCAAUAGGUCCAGUCGUGACCAACUCUGGGGUUGUGCGCUCAUCUCGCUUUUUUGGCCAAGGGAGCUGGCGUACAGCUUCCAGGUCAUGUGGCCAGCAUGACUAAGCCGCUUCUGGUGAACCAGAGCAGCGCACGGAAAAGCCGUUUACCUUCCCGCCGGAGCGGUACCUAUUUAUCUACUUGCACUGGCAUGCUUUUGAACUGCUAGGUUGGUAGGAGCUGGGACCGAACAACGGGAGCUCACCCCGUCGUGGGGAUUCGAACCGCCGACCAUCUGAUCAGCAAGUCCUAGGCUCUGUGGUUUAACCCACAGCGCCACCCUCGUCCCUAAGUCUCAUUUACCUUGCUUCAAAUCUUCCUUGAAUGUUUUUUGUCUGGCUGCAAUCAGUGGUGGGGCCUGGUGGCUCACUGCCUGGUGGCUCACGUGCGACAUCUGUACGGGGUGCGCAUGUGUGGCAUCCCGUAUGAGGUGCACACAUGCGACCGCAUGGGUUUCUGCACAUGCGCACUCUGUACAGCAUGCUGCACAUGCGCACUCCAUACGGGCUGUCACUCGCACAGCAUCCGUACGGGCUGUCGCUCGUGCAUGCCGUCCAUACAGCGCAUGUGCGGCAUCCCGUACAGAUUGCACAUGCGCGGCAGCCCAUACGGUCGCUGUGCAAGAGGCGCCCAUACUGACUGCGCACACCCUCGGCCUCUCUACAGCUGGGGAGAGGCCCUAGGCCUGCAAAAGGGUUUCCCCCUGCUGCACUAAGUGCUUAGAGAGCAUUCAGUGACCAACAGGCAGAAAGCUUUCUCUAAAAUCAAUUGUUUGCAUCAAUUACCGUAUUUUUCGCUCUAUAAGACGCACCAGACCACAAGACGCACCUAGUUUUUGGAGGAGGAAAACAAGAAAAAAAAUAUUCUGAAUCUCAGAAGCCAGAACAGCAAGAGGGAUUGCUGCGCAGUGAAAGCAACAAUCCCUCUUGCUGUUCUGGCUUCUGGGAUAGCUGCGCAGCCUGCAUUCGCUCCAUAAGACGCACACACAUUUCCCCUUACUUUUUAGGAGGGAAAAAGUGAGUCUCAUAGAGCAAAAAAUACGGUAAGUGUUUUAAAUUUGUUGUUAGCUGCCCUGAGCCCGGUUUUCUGAACUGGGAAGGGUGGGGUAUAAAUAAAAAAUUAUUAUUAUUAAAAUCGCCUUCCCCAACCCCAGUAUCAACAAAUCUCCCCCUUUGGCAUUAGCAUGGAUCUCAGUGUAACAGAACCGCCCCCUGGAAACCUGCCAUGAGUCAACCAUGCAAAGAAGCCAUAAAAGUUACUGGCAUGCCUUAAAAAAGAAAAGAACCUGCUAAGCGGCUAGAAGCCUGUGUUUUCGUGCUGGCCAGAGGGGAAGCCCCCCUGCAUGGAAACAUAGGGUGGGAUUCAACAAAUGAGUCCCACCAGCAAGGACUUCUGCUUGUGCAAUGGUUCUUCCCCCCGCUCUCCUACCCUUGCACCCACUGCACUCUCCCCCUUAAAAUGGACUCUGUGGAAAUUGGGAGAACACCCAGAACAGCACAUGGGGAGGGGAUUGUUCUGUCUGGCAAGCCAAAUUGCUUGGCGUGAUGGAAUGGUAAUGUUAGCGGGGUGCUGAAUUCCUCAAGCUAAUAAAGAAACAUGUUUUGAACCAAACAAGCUGGUUGGGGGCGGGGGGGGGGGGGCAGGGUCCCCUUUACCAUUCUGCUUGGCUUCUGUGCUAGCUGUGGGUGGAGGAGGAAUGGAGAGAGCUGUCACUCCUCUGUGAACCCACCCACUCACCUGCAUGGAGUUCCUGGUCGAUUUGUUAAAUGCAAGCCUGCCAUAGGUUAACCUUUUUGGGGGCAGCCGGGGGUAGGGGGUGGAGGAAGCCAUUCAUACCUGGGAACCUUUAAGUUCCUAGGUAUUACUGAAUGUCAGCCCAGGGGCAGAGGAAGGUGGGGGCAGGCCGCCCUGGGUGUCACCACUGAGGGGGGUGACAAAAUGCCGGGUGGAACUCACUACGGGGCCUCCAGCGCGCCUGAGCCACACGUCUCUCCUGGGAGAGACUCAGUGGCUUGGGCGCACGCAGGCUCCGCUCUGCCCAAACGGUCCACUGCUGCCUCCCCCCCCCCCCAGUUGUAGGGUGGCUGAGUGGGAGGAGGCAGGCCUUAGAGGCCCUGCGGAGCGUCCUGCCCCAGCUGGCCCCGCCCCAUGGGCAGCUGGCCCCACCCCUGGGCGCAGGGCACACACGCUUUCCCAGGUGCCCGUUUGGCUUGCUCUGUCGCUGUUUCAGCCUUCACAUACUAUUCAAUAUAAAACACUGUUAGAUGUUGUAUCUUGCCAAACAGUGUUGCAUGUCAGCAAUAGAAUACAGUGAUACCUCGGGUUACAGACGCUUCAGGUUACAGACACUUCAGGUUACAGACUCUGCUAACCCAGAAAUAGUACCUCGGGUUGAGAACUUUGCUUCAGGAUGAGAAUAGAAUUUGCGUGGUGGCAGAGCGGCAGCAGCGGGAGGCCCCACUAGCUAAAGUGGUGCUUCAGGUUAAGAACAGUUUCAGGUUAAGAACGGACCUCCAGAACGAAUUAAGUUCUUAACCCAAGGUACCACUGUCCUCUGCUUGAGAACGGGAUCCAUUCCGGAAGCCCGUUCGCAACAUGAAAAGCCGGCAACCUGAAGCGCCAUAUCUGUGCAGGUGCGCAGCGCGAUUUAGCGCUUCUGCACAUGCGCGAGCGGCAAAACCCAGAAGUAACCCUUUCCGGUACUGAAAAAACGUAACAUGAAGCAAACGUAACAUGAGGUAUGACUGUACUCUUGGAUCGCAACUACUAAAUGUUGAGAUUCUAUCAAAAUAGCAAGGAUUGUCAAAAAACGGUUCUCAGUACAAAUACAGAUGUAGAUUGUCUGAAGAAUAUUUAACUUUAAAAUUUUCAAAAAAAGGGGGGGGAAGCAAAUUCCUUCAUGCAAAUUCCUUUUGGGGGUCAAAGUCACGCACGCUUCUUGCUAGGAUUCAAUUUAAGGGUGGAUAGGUCUUUGGAUCAUUCUUGAUCCUGAAAUAGUUUCAAGGAAAGAGGCCAGGUCAUCCCAGAAAGCAGAACGGAGCUCCUUUUUCUAGGAAUGUGUCAGAGCCACUCUGGACUUCCUUGAAGUGUUUUCGUAGGCUUCACCUGUCAAUUGCAAAGCACUUUCAGGGCGUGCCUCUGGCUCCCUUGGCCCACGGAGUGAGCUCUGUCUGACUCACUCGUGCCGUCCCCAGCACAGUGGGUGUGGAUUCCCCGAGAGAAGGCACAAACCAUGCAUCCUCUGGUUCCUGGGCAGUGCCCAGCCUGAAAUGGAAACUGAAUGCCUAAGAGAAAGAACUGUCUCAACAAGAACCACACCUGUCCCAGGAGAGAUUGAAAGCCAUGGGCUUAGCUCUGUAAGUGAAGGCUUCCGGAGGAGGUGCAGGUCUAGUAAUUAAGGCCUCAUGUGCCCAAGGGAGGUCCUUUCUGAAAUGCACCUGUCUCCGCAUCACGUGUCAUUGAUGAAGAAUCCCCAUGAAGAGUGCAGAGCCUGAGGACUAGUUGGUCCGUCAUUAAACAAAAGUACUGUUUUGGGCAGGGGACAGGGGUGGACAGGUUUAGUAGACUCCCUGUUCCUGAAUGGAGUAACUGUGCCCCUGAAGGACCAGGUUCUCAGCCUGGGAGUCAGUUUGGACUCACAGCUGUCCAUAGAGGUGCAGGUCAAUUCUGUGUCCAGGGCAGCUGUCUACCAGCUCCAUCUGGUACACUGGCUGAGACCCUACCUGUUUACCACAGCAUCUUAACAAAGUGGUUCAUGCACUGGUUAUCUCCCUCUUGGACUACUGAAAUGGGCUCUAUGUGGGACUACCUUUGAAGGUGACUCAGAAACUACAACUAAUCCAGAAUGUGGCUGGCAGACUGGUGACUGGGAGUGGCUGCUGGGACCAUAUAAUACUGGUCCUAAAGGAUCUACACUGAACACAAUUUUUCUGAGCACAAUUCAAAGUAUUGGUGCUGUCUUUUAAAGCCCUAAACGGCCUCAGCCCAGUAUACCUGAAGGAGUGUCUCCACCCCCAUCGUUCAGCCCGGACACUGAGGUCAGCUCCGAAGGCCUUCUGGCGGUUCCCUCACUGUGAGAAGUGAGGCUACAGGGAACCAGGCAAGAGGGCCUUCUUGGUGGUGAAUGUUGACAUCUUCCAAGUCUAACAGUCUUGGGGGCCACAAUGCCAGGUCUGAAACCACGUUUGAUAGCUCAGGUAGAGAAUCAGUUGGGCAAUCACAGUGACUGCCUGCCCCCUCCAGCCAGCCCCCAAUCACACCCUGGAGGUACACUUGGUACUCGGGGGGCAUUGCUGGUGGAGGCCGACCCCACACUGCUGCCCCACCCAGGCCUUAGUUAUAGAUGCCCCAUCGGCUUCUUCAUCCUUGAUUAAAUUGUGGGUGAGGGACACCUUAUUAUGGUCCAACCUGGCAUUUUCAAGCAGCACCCAGAGACCCAGGUCAAGCUGGCAUAGUCACCACCAAAUCUUGAGAUGGAAAAAGGGUCAGGACAUGACACAGGCUGUAUUUGCCUGUGCCACAGUCCAGACUCCAAAGGUCUGAAGUGAGCUCUCUUCAACUGGUUCACUGUUGAUCCAGUGUCAAAUCUCUGCUUGUCCAUGACCACCGGAAUUGGGCUCUCUGAUGCUUCCCUCAAGCAGUCCAAGGUUUGCUCUUCCAGGCACAUGAUAGACUUAAUAAAUAACUCCUGGAUGCCUCAGCAAAAGCAAUACACCCACCCACUAACCAGCAGGUAAGAAAUAAAACUCAAACCCUGACACCCCCCACAGGCAUGGAGGAGGGGGUGUGUGGUGGGUGCAGUCCACCCUGAAUGUCACCACCGGGGAGCGGGGACAAAAUGCCGGGCGGCACUCACCGCGGGGCCUGCAACACCCCUGAGCCAUGCAUCUCUCCUGGGAGAGAAGCGGUGGCUUGGGUGCGCACAGGCUCCAUGCUGUCCAAACGGUCCGUCUGCUGCCUUCCCCCCAGCUGUAGGGGCGGCUGAGUGGGAGGAGGCAAGCAGACUCCAGAAGCCCCAUGGUGCGGCCCGCCAGGCGCCCGAGCAGCUUCUCCCACCGCUGACCCCCCAUUCCCUAGAGACCGUAGUGUGUGAGAUGCUGUUUGUUUCUCCAUGUGUGCACAUCACUGAUACAUGCUCUGGCAACAGCUUUCUGCAGUGUUUGUUUGCAGUGCACAUGCAGUGGAAUAAAUGUGUGAAUGUGCCUCAUGGGUACAUGGUGUUCAGUUGGGUGCACUGUUGACCUCUGCUGUGCAGAAGCCAAAACUAACGUGUGGAAACUUUUCAAUCCUGUUUUAAAUUUGUUAUUAUGUAUACUUUUACAUACAUACAAGGGACGUGGGUGGCACUGUGGGUUAAACCACAGAGCCCAGGGCUUGCCGAUCAGAAGGUCGGCGGUUCGAAUCCCCAUGACGGGGUGAGCUCCUGUUUCUCGGUCCCUGCUCCUGCCAACCUAGCAGUUCAAAAGCACCUUAAAGUGCAAGUAGAUAAAUAGGUACCACUCCGGUGGGAAGGUAAACGGCGUUUCCGUGUGCUGCUCUGGUUCGCCAGAAGCAGCUUAGUCAUGCUGGCCACAUGACCCGGAAGCUGCACGCCGGCUCCCUCGGCCAACAAAGCGAGAUGAGCGCCGCAACCCCAGAGUCGGCCACGACUGGACCUAAUGGUCAGGGGUCCCUUUACCUUUACCUUUAUGCUUUUACAGUUAGGAGUCAGUAUGAAACAUUUUAUGUCGUAAGUAACAAAUCACUGCAAGGAACAACAAUACCCCCCUUAUCUUUCCUCUCUGCAUGUCAGAUUCACAUGCUCUUGGUUAAAAGGUGUAUCUUCAGUGCAUUCUUUGUCGUCUAAUCUGAACCCCUAAAAAAGAGACAUUGCACAUUCUUUUGUAAUUCAUGAAAAUCUUUUAAUAAAAUUAUUUAUUUUAAAAAAGUGUGUCAUGUAUUGGGCCAUUCUGCAAUACGGCUCUCCAUGGGGAGAGUGCCCUAUGUCGCAUGUUGCUUCUUGGCUGUGGUCUAAUGAAACAGGGAGGAGUGUAAAAUGAUUUGUUGCCUGGCAAAAGAUGGCCUGAGUCAGGUGGAAGCUUGUCCCUUCUCCUUCUCCAGGGAUCAGCAACCUUUUUCAGCAGGGGGCCGGUCCACUGUCCCUCAGACCUUGUGGGGGGCCGGACUAUAUUUUUUGGGGGGAAAUACCUAUGCCCCACAAAUAACUCAGAGAUGCAUUUUAAAUAAAAACAGACAUUCUACUCAUGUAAAAACAUCAGGCAGGCCCUACAAAUAACCCAGAGAUUCAUUUUAAAUAAAAGGACACAUUCUACUCAUGUAAAAGCACGCUGAUUCCUGGACUGUCCGCAGGCUGGAUUUAGAAGGCGAUUGGGCCGAAUCCAGCCCCUGGGCCUUAAUUUGCCUACCCAUAUUCUUCUCUAACGCCUACUGUUUGUCUCUCUCCAAAACAAGGCACUAACAGCACUCCAGUGGAAACCACAUCCUUGCCUCCCUCUCCUUCAUAUGGCCUUUCGGUAUGUAUGUCUGUCUUUCUUGGGCAGGUCUGUGUGUGUCAGCAUUUUUUGGGGGGGUGAUCUUGAAGUGGGCAUCUAAUGCUGCCUAAAGGGGGGGCUUCAUUGUCUGGGUAAGGCAGGUGCAGACUGAUCAUAGCUUAGCUCGAUCUGCCUUUCCUUACCCCAGGCAAGGGCACUUUGGGUCUUUUGAAGCUCUUGCCUGCAGUGGCAAAUAGAUAAAUAUUUACAUGCUCGAGGCAGCUGUUAUCACCACUACCCAAAAAUAACUACGGCCCAUUGAGACAACAUGGUAAAAAAUUCAAGGGGAAAAAAUGGAAGAGGGCUGGAUUUGGCCCCCUCCCUCUGCUGUGGUCAGUUGAUGAUGGUAUGUUACGUUAGCAGCAAUGUUGACGACAAAGGACUGGGUUUGGGCAGCAUCUCUGGGCUUAAAUCCUGGCUUGCAGUUCAGGUUUGCAUCUGACACAUGACCCUCCUGGUGCUGGGCUGCCCAUCAGUUUGCUCAUAACAAUUGGUGCAGCCACACCAGCAAGCCAAGCUGUUGAUCAGGGCAGCCAUAUUUUCAAGAGAUGCCCAUGAAUCUACACUGCGCAUUUUGAUUUGUGCAGUUAAGGUGUGCAAGUCUAAGGAGCAUGCAGGGGAAACCAGGCUUCCUCCCCCUCGCGGCAUGUUAUAAUAAUAAUAAUAAUAAUAAUAAUAAUAAUAAUAAUAAUAAUAAAUUUAUACCCCGCCCAUCUGGCUGGGUUUCCCCAGCCACUCUGGGCGGCUUCCAACAAAGUAUUAAAACACAGUAGUCUGUAAAACAUUAAAAGCUUUCCUAAAGAGGGCUACCUUCAGAUGUCUUCUAAAAGUCUGGUAGUUGUCGUUCUCCUUGACAUCUGGUGGGAGGGUGUUCCACAGGGCGGGUGCCACUACCAAGAAGGCCCUCUGCCUGGUUCCCUGUAACUUGGCUUCUCACAGCGAGGGAACCGCCAGAAGGCCCUCGGUGCUGGACCUCACAGUGUUAGGCCCUGCCUCACUUUCCUCCGCUGUAACGAUGUUCUCCCCCUUUUUCUUUCCCCGUGGCAGAAGUCGGAGCUGGCGGCAGCCAUCGCUGUGCCCUGUGUUUUUGGGGGCCUCCUGCUGAUCGGCCUCCUGGUUUUUAUGGGACUCAAAAUCCGGGAGAAGCGGCAGACAGAGGGCACUUACCGGCCCAGCAGCGAGGAGCAGGUGGGUGCCCGCGUCGAAACUAACACCAACCUCAAGCUUCCCCCGGAAGAGCGACUCAUCUGAGAUGGGGGAAUGGGCUCUGCUUUUGGGUCUCAGCUUGGAUGGAGCCGCUCAACACACUGGACUCCAAAAAACCAAAAAACACUAACAUUUAAAAGGGUGCUUCUGCUGCUGCCAGGCUUGAGGUUUCCCAGCAAGUCUCUUAAAGCUUUCCCUGCGGGCUGGAUGUGAACUGCUGCACACAGGAGACACAUGUGUUUUAGAAUGGGCUUUGAGGAGCGGCUGGAUCUCAUGCAUGCACACUGCCGGGAAUGGCUAGAGGCAGACAGUUCAAGGCAAGAUUGGAUCCUGCCUCUCUGGACACACAGAAGAGAGAGGGCUGCCCCCCUCAGCUCACGCAAUGCCAACCGCCCAGUGCUAGAUCUCCCUUCUCUUUGCUGCCCCAAAGAACGAACUCUUCUGACUCUAAGUGGGAGUGCGUGGAAUUGCCACUCGAGCUGACACAGGAGUUGUUGCUUUUGUGUGAACAGGACAAGAGCAGAGGGUGGGUGGGGAGGCUGCUCUUGGCUUCAAGGGUCCUGCCGCGUGAGAUCUGGGGCAGGCUUGCCUCUUUUGUUUUUAAAGAAAAUGUAUUGCGCUGUGCCUUUCAGUAUGCCACUAUUUAAUAAAAAUGAAUCUCCCUUCUCUGGCAAGAGAAAAGUCGACACAACCUAGAGUGUUAUUAUCCCAUUGCCUUACGGUUGGCCAGUUUGAGUCGGCAGGUGAAUCUUAAAUGUUUCAUAAUAGGGAAGGGGAGAGCUGUGGCCCUUCUAGGGGCUCUUGGGCUACAAUUUUGCCAUUCUGGCCGGGGCUGGUGGGAGCUGGAGUCCAGCAGCAGGGCCACAGAUUCUCUCAGCCCUGUUUUAAAUGACCUAAAGGAGGACCAUACCAAAUGGAAACCCAGCAAAUAAACAGAGGCAGGCCCCCAAAAGGGUCUCAACAAGAUACAGUGGUACCUCGGGUUACAUAUGCUUCAGGUUACAGACUCCGCUAACCCAGAAAUAGUACCUCGGGUUAAGAUGAAAACAGAAAUCAUGCUCUGGUGGCGCGGUGGCAGCAGGAGGUCCUUUUAGCUAAAGUGGUGCUUCAGGUGAAGAACAGUUUCAGGUUAAGAACAGACCUCCAGAACGAAUUAAGUUCUUAACCCGAGGUACCACUGUAUUGUUAACCCGAUUCCAAAACUUUGCUUUAGGCAUUUCAAGUCUGCUUUAGCCUGUUCAAAAGCACCUUAUACACAUUAUUUCAAGUUUUUCCAACAACACUGUAAGGGGUAGGUCAGCAUUAUUAUUCCCGUAUUACAGACUGGGAGGGAACAUCUAGGCCAGCCCAAGUCAUCCACAUGAACGCAUGAUUUGAACUGAGGCCUUCCUGAUUCUCAUUCAAUCUCCUAGCUUUUGCUCCACGUCAGCCUCCAUCAAAGGCAACUGCCAUUGCAGGUCUUCCAACCCUUGUUCCACUUUGGAUAUCCUAUCUAACCUCUGCCUAAGGACUGCAACAGACACAAUGCAGGAGGUUCACAACCAAAUAAAGUGUGUUUAUGUGGGUGGGAAAUGUCAGAAGGUCCCAUUGGAAACCUUUGCUUCGCAUUUGUAUUAGGCGAACUCGGUGCUCCAGAUGUUUUGGGACUACAACUCCCAUCAUCCCUGACCACUGGUCCUGUUAGCUAGGGAUGAUGGGAGUUGUAAUCCCAAAACAUCUGGAGGGCGGAGUUUGCCUAUGCCUGUAUUAACCCCAAGGCCCUCUUAAGGAGGGGGUGGAUGUGGAAGAGUUCCAUGUUCAUUUUACCCUUAUAUAGAAUUUUCCUUUCCCCAUUUUAUUGUCACAGCUCCAAGUUAGGCUAGGCUCAGGUACUGACUGCACAAACUGAUAAGCCUUGGCUUAAAAAGCUACACUCUGCAUGAACUGCAGGUUGAUGCACAAAGCCUGCUGCUCCCACUUUGCGCAAGUUGGUAAGACUAGGAUGGGAUUUUAGCAUUACAUCCAGACUUGGGAUCCUGGUUCGUUUCUCCCUAAUCAGCUAGCUUGACGUAGGGUUGCCAUAUCUCCAGAAUUCCCCGAAAAUAGCCGGCAAUUGGCCGUCGGAAACAGUGUCUGGGUGGAAAUCGGUGAAACGUCCGGGAAAAUCUGGGUGUACGGCAACUGAUGUUGGCAGUGUCAUUUUGGGCAAUUUCCCUCAAAAUUAGCUCAACAACUUUGCCACCCCCCAAAAAGAAAGCUCAACAACUUUGCCCCUCUCCCAAAUGAAAGCUCAACAACUUUUCUGUCCGGAUUUUCACUUUUUGAAAUAUGGCAACCCUAGCUUGUCUUAAAUCAAGGUUUUUUGUUGGUUUGCUAGGGAGAAACCAACCCUGAGCCUGCAUUCAGAUGUAACACAAAUUGACUUGCCCUUCCUGGCUUAUUUAUCUGCUCCUAUGAAGGGAAGAUUGACAUAUGAGUGAUUGGGCUGUGUGCAUGUUAUGAAGCCAAGGUUCAUAGGUCCAGAUGUGGCCAGUAAUUGCCUGGCAAGAUGUGCAGACAGGCUGCCACGCGGUUACUGUUAAAAUCUCUUUGUACAGUGGCUAUCUCCACGGGGCAAAUUGGAUGCCGUGCCUCACCCUACAGUGCAAGAUAUCUGGUCUGUCUCAAGUUGAUGGUGAAGCCAGGGCACUUGUGUGCCUGAGGAGUGAACUCCAACCACAACAACACUGUUGCUAAUUAAUAUAAAGCACAACCCACCGGGUGCUCUCCUGCCUAAGUCCCAUUCCAGCUCACGGGAGCUGUACUAGAGCAUAAUUAGGAGCUGCCCAAAGCUCAGUUGUGGAAGGUAUUUGAAUUGUACAGUUCUGGCAGCUCCUUCCAGGCAGUAAUUUUGAGCAGCAGCCUUGUGCCUUGAGCUGGGGCGGGGGUUGAUCCUAGAUAUUUUAUGUGCCCUUUCCAGAAGCCUCCUCAGACUAACUUUAAAAAAACAGAAACCUACCCUUUUGGGAGACUUAAACCUAUUGGGGGGUGGUAAAAAAAUCUCCCCCUUCCCUGACUUUACAAAUGAUGCCCUUUCUUGCGGCUUGUUUUUGACCCUUCACAUUUGUGCAUGUCUCCUUUGACUUUUCUCCCAUUUGCCAUCAACUGGAUAGAGUUCAGAUUGUGUUUCUAUUAUAUUCCUAGAAAGGAGUAAUUAUUAUUAUUUUCUCCAGAGGGCAAAGAGCUACCCUGGCAUCCAAAUUAUUAUUAUUAUUAUUAUUAUUAUUAUUAUUAUUAUUAUUCCCUAUACCUGGAGGUAUCAGGGUAGUUCACAUAAAAAGAUCACAGUAUAUAAAAUCAAGAUAAAAACAAUAACCCAAUAAUACCACCCCCCAAAGAGCCACAUUUUAAAAGGGUAUGGGAUGUUGAUCAGGUCAGCCAAAUAACCUGACAGGACCUGGUUCAGUGGAAGAGUGACAAUUCAAAGGGUGGCAAAGUCUCGUAUCCCACCACAGGCACUAGGUGGCAGAACUGCAUUGCACAACGGGUUUCAGCGGUUCUGUGCCACCAAAGUCCUGUCUCUUUAAGGGAACUUUUUUUAAGGGCAGCUCUGGGUUUUUUUUGCACUUCCUUUCUGAUCCAUGACUCUCUUAGUUCUCCCAAGGAAAGGUGAUUGUGCUUUGCUCUGUUUCCACCUCCGUGCCUCUUGGAUUUGGAAACGCACCAUGUUUUACCUGGGGAAAGUGGGCUGGAGACUGCAACUUGCCUACAGACACACCGUUUCAAAUUGGCAGAGCUGCACAAUACAUAAAAAAAUAGAUAAAUCUCCCAUUGAAUCCUAGAACUGUAGAGUUGAAAGGUAACUUGGGGGUCAUUUAAUCCAACCCCUUGAAAUGCCAGAAUAACAGGUGUUUCAGCCCUCAUUGACCCUGUGUGAAUGAGGGCAGACAAGCAACCCUGUUGUUGUUUUUUUCCUUUCAGAAGUCUCCACUGUUUGAAGCACUUGGUCCAUGAACCUGCCCUCUAGUUUUGUUUUUCGUUUCUUAAAGGGAGGGGCCACUCAACAGAUUGUCUUGGUAUAAACUAGAGUUAGCCUAAAAUGCCAAUGGACAAUUAAGGCUGGUUACAAAGACUUGUGCCAUACAUUUAAAGCACCCUAAAAUCCUGAGAACUGUAGCUUACCCCUCACAGAGCUACAAUUCUCGGGAUUCUUUUUUGAAGCGGGGAAUGUACUUUAAAUUUCAAUGAGGAAUUUUUCCUGCAUGCGCUUGUGGGGCUUUUCUACAGCUCCCUUUUGCCUCAGUGGGAUGUCUGUAGGAAAACAUCUCUGGGGAAUGUUGUCCUGUGGGUCAGUUUGGCUAUCUGCAGCUCUAAGGCCAUCCAAAAGCCUGCCACUUGGAAGUGUCAGCCACUGGCAUAGGUCUUUGUAAACUGUGGCUGUGGCCUUGAGGAAUAGGGGUUUGGCUCUCACUCAUGUUAUGUUUCCAACAAAAUAUCAUUAAAAAGACACAGCAUUUAUGGGACACUGCUUGCUUUUAGUUCUGGGUUUCCUUAAGCUUCUCAAACAAUAUUAUUUACACGAUAUCUUUCCAAACUUGAAACCACUGUCACGGAAAACUUGAAUGGUUAUUGUGGGUGUUAAUGUUUAUAAUGCAGACCGAAUGAAACAAAAGCCAAUCGGGAAAUGGGUCUAUUGACUUUUGUCCUCCGCUUAGUGGUUCAGUCCACAGUAAUCGAUGCAAUAUACGACAGCAUCUCAAUUGGCUUUUCACUAUAAUAAUCAGGAUCUCAUCACACGUUUUUACAUCUAAAGUCAUACCUUGGUUCCCGAAUGCCUUGGUACUCAUAUGUUUUGGCUCCCGAAUGCUGAAAACCCGGAAGUAAGUCUUCUGGGCUGCGAACGUUCUUUGGAAGCUGAAUGGCUCCUGCAGCCAAUCGGAAGCCGCGCCUUGGUUUUCGAAUGGUUUCGGGAGUCAAACGGACUCCUGGAACGGAUUAAGUUUGACAACCACUGUAUGCUUGAUAAGGUACAAAUGCAUGUCAUAUCUAGGCAUGUGCAACAGGAGGUUGCAUUGGGCUUCUGUGAUGUUUCCUCAGUAGCAUUUUGCCAUGAGAGGCAUUUUACCAAGCUGUUUGCAAAGGCAAGGCAAUGUGCACGAGUUAUAUUAUGUCCCUGUUUUUUAGGAGGAGGGAGAAGGCAACUUAGAAAUGUACUCUUCUAAGUCUGAAUGCUGAGAUGUCUCCUUGUAUGUCCUUGCACCCCUGAUCCAAUUGUUCUUUCACAUCCUUGAACAGGUGGGAUACUCAGCCAAAUCAAAUAUGACAGUUGCUAAAACGUGCAACUCUGAUGCCAGAAGUGAAACCACUAUUGCUGUAUGA